AUGCAGCCCAUGGUGCUUCCUUACGUGGACCGCAAGCCACCGAUUAGCAAGGUUAUGGAUGCGCGGGUACUGGUGUGGCGGGAGUCGGAAAGAAUGCUGAGGAAUGGAGAAGGUGCUGCGGAGUGUAGUUAUGCACAAAAACUUCAAGUUCUGCGCUCUCAGCAACUUGCUGACGCCCGAAAAUAUAUGGAUACAAGUGCGGCGAUGCGGUCCGUAAAACCGGUCUUAGCAACAUCAUCAGUGGAUGCAGAUGACGAUGACGAGUUCUGUCGGAAGCGGUCGCGGGAAUCUGAAGGUCCAUCUGUUGACGAAAUCCGCCGCUUUGAGGGGAAACUUGGGGAGACGUUGGCGCUAGAGCUAACAUUGUGGUCGCUCCGUCGUGGCUCCCACGGAGGUGUUCGGUCUCAAAGGUACACCACCGCCCUUCACGCGCUGCAAGACACACAAAAGCUGCUGAGGAAAACACUUCAACAAAUGGAAGAAAUCAACGCUCUCCGGUUUCUGGAGCAGCAGCAGUUCUUGAAGGUCAACUCGGAGAAGGCGCGGUUACUUCAUGUUAGGCUGAGAAACGUUCGGGCGUUGGAAAACAUACUACGAGGCAAUGGUAAACGGCGUGGUUCGACGCUUCUGGCGACUCUUGAAUAG